CUGCUGGGUUCAUCGGGUUCAUGUGGUCUUGUUCGCCUCCUCCCUGCUCAGGUCUGAUGUUUGCGGGCUCUGCGGGCUGUGCGGAGGCUGCAGGCAGGUGCGAAGGCUGCAGGUGAGGAGGCUCGGUGUGUCCGUGCGCACAGACCGUCUGAAGGUUUUUAUCUGACCUCCGUUAAGGACGCGGAUUCUGGAUCAGCUGAUGAUCCUCACGAGCUGCCAUUUUCAGGUCAUCCGAGGCUGCGGGUCUGAGAUGGAGGGGGGGUCUGCGGAGUGAGCGUGAUGGCUGAUGGAUGCUGCAGAGGGAUGGACCGGACCAGGACGAAGAUUGCAUCAGAUGCCGGACCCCGGUCCUCAUACCCCCCUCCGCAGUACGUACAACCGGGCUCCGUGCAGCAGCAGCAGCAGCAGCAGCAGCAGCCGGGCUCAGACAUCCAGGAGCUGGCCUCCAAACGCGUAGACAUCCAGAAGAAGCGGUUCUACCUGGACGUGAAGCAGAGCGUCCGCGGCCGCUUCCUGAAGAUCGCGGAGGUCUGGAUCGGCCGCGGGAGACACGACACGGUCCGGAAGAGCAAGCUGACUCUGUCCAUGUCCGCCGCCCCCGCGCUGCGCGCCGCGCUUGCAGACUUUAUAGAUUACUACGCCCGCAUCGGGCUGCGGGGGGGCCAGGGCCCGCAGCUCGACGAGCACGGGACCGACAGUCAGACCCGCGCGCACGAGACCCGCAGGAGGACGCAGGAGCCGCGCGCGGGGCUGUCACCUACCGGGUCUGUGGGAUCCGACGAGCACGCGCACCGCGUGCUGAAGAGCGAGGUCAUCGAGAGAGACAACAGGAAGUACUUCCUGGACCUGAAGGAGAACCAGCGUGGCCGCUUCCUCCGGAUCCGGCAGACCGUCAGUAAGGGCACCGGGACCAUGGGGUACUACGGGCCCGGGAUCGAACAGACCAUCGUGCUGCCCGCGCAAGGACUCAUCGAGUUCCGCGACGCGCUGUCCCAGCUGAUCGAGGACUACGGGGAUGAGGACGGAGACGAGCGGGACCGAACCGGCUUCAGGAACCAUGACCACGGUCCCGAGCUGCCCGAAGCGGCUUCUUUCCGGGUCGACAACAAAAGGUUCUACUUCGACGUGGGCUCGAACCGGUUUGGGGUGUUCCUGAAAAUCAGCGAGGUCCGGCAGCCGUACCGGAACACCAUCACUGUCCCACUGAAGGCCUGGACCCGGUUCGGAGAGAACUUCAUCCGGUACGAGGAGGAGAUGCGCCGAAUCUUCACCACGUGCCACAAAGAGAAGCGGACAGACAGCGAGGAGCACGAGGACUGACCCGCAGGUGUACCCCUUCCCCCUCCUCCCCUCUCCUGUUGAUAAGGGCUGGUCACCUUCAGAUCCGAACCUGCCAAGAACUCACCGUCAGUCCUCCACCUGUCAGAGCUGCUCCUCCUACAGUGACCCCCAGCCCUAAUAUCGAUUAUUGAUACUGAUGAAGAAUCAGUGAUGAAGAGGAGGACUCUGCAGCUUCUGUAGUUUUUAUCUAAUGUAGAAUAAAAUAAUGUAGAAGAUCUUUAAAUUUAAUCUCAAACAAAAGUCACUUUAAUAAAAAACAUCCUGCAGAGAAGAACGAACAGGUGAGCAGGUGAUCUGAGGACACCUGAGCAAUUAUCACAUUAGUAAUUCACAUUGUUUCACUCUGCAGGUGUGCAGCUACAGAAACUCUCUGACAGACAGGUGAACAUCAGGACAGGUAAACAUCAGGCUGCCUUCUGAUUGGCUGAUCAGGCAGGUGAGGACAGGUGGGAUGUUCUUGUGUUAAUAACCUGUCACAGAGUUUCUGAGUAAAGAUGAAGAUGAUGAAGAUGAUGAUGUAACAGCAGCACUUACAGAGGAGGUAGUUUUAAUCAGCAGAUUCAUUCAUGAGGCGUUCACUGACCCUGCGACCGCUGGUUCGAUUCAUUGCGUGGUGUUUAUUGUUUGAGCACCUGAUGGUGUAAUCAACGUGUGGUAACCAUGGUAACAAUACUUUAGCUACACCUAUCAGGUGUGAAACUGAAAUCACUGAGUUUCAACAUCUGAAUCCAUCCCAUAAUGAUCUUCACUCAGACAGGCAUGUGGCUCUGCUGCGUUGCAUUCAGGUGCUGAUAAGUCAGAUUUCACAGUUACCUUGUGAUGAAGAGAAACAGGAGUCAUUGCUGUGGUGCGUUCAGGUGCAGGGGAAUCUUAGUACUGGUUGGCCAUGGAGUUAAAAGAUAUAUACUGAGGCUGAUUGUUGUGGUGCGUUCGGGUGCUCGUCAAGCACAGGACUAGUUGGUUGUGGUGUGUUUGUGGUCCAGUGUAGGUGUGAACUUUAAAGAUUCUGUGAGUGUUAUUUGUUAGAUUAAAAGUUAUUCUAAAGAGUAAAGUUUAAGCACAGUUCAAAUAAUCAAACUUUGAUUAAAGGUCCUGUUUGUGGAUUUAGCUGCAGAUCUUUAAUCUUUAAUCUUUAAUCUCAGCUGAAGUUUCCAGACGGACAGAAAGGAUAAUUUAUUCUGCUAAAAGAAGAAUUUAAAAAUACGUCUGUAAAUACAAAUCAAAUUUUAACGGCACUUUAUGAAAAUCUGCACUUUGAGAUGCUCGAUAACAAGAGUUAACCAGACUUAACCAGAGUUAACCAAAAAUAACCAGAGUUAACCAAAAAUAACCAUAGUAAACCAGAGUUAUGAAUAAGUAACCAGAGUUAAGCAGAGUUAACCAGAAAGAGCGUUUCACUUUAAACCUGUCCACUGUCAGGUGACAAUCAGUGAUCAGCUGAUCACACCAAUCAGAUGAUUGACAAAAUUAAACUGAUUAACUAACUGUUGAUUGAAA